UUCAGUCUGAUCAGAUCAGAGUCACGCAGCGCUGCUGUCUGUGGGUUUCUCCGCGUCUGUUUUCUGUGAAAGAGCGGAAUCACGCGUGUUUCAGCGCAGGUUUACAGGCUGCUGGUCUCCUGUGCCACACACUAUGUGACCAAACACCGUCGUCUGUUCUCAGCUUGUUCCGGCCGGCAGUAGAGUCGAUCAGACGGGAGCUCGAGGUCUGCGUUAAAAUGUCUGCGUGUGGAGAGUUUGCAGAGCACGUGUGGAAACCAGGCUCCUGUAAGAACUGCUUCCAUCCGCGCAGCGCUCACGGACAGACCGGCACGGCGGGAGGCGCUUGUGUCCGAACGAGUCUGAUCGGGGAAGACGAGGAUGGGGUGACGUCUCCCUCUCCGUAUAUCAAACCCACCAUCGCUGUCAGACCCACCAUGAUGAACAUGGACGUCACAGUGGAGGUCAAGACGGCAAUGAAUACAGAACAGAACAACCAGAAGACCUCUGUAGGACUGAAGAAAGCUCUGGAUUUGGCUCCUCUGUACAUCGAUAGCAAUGGAUGUAAUAAAUCUCUCAGAGAAACCAUAAUACAAAACGGCACCUCCGUAAAGAAGUUCUCCCCAAACGUUUGUUCUCCCACUGGAUUAUCCAAAGACUGCAUGGUUAUCAGCAAUAUAUUUAUGAGUCAAGAAGAUGGCUGCGUUCAACACAGUCUGAAAGAGAAUAGGAACAGUGACUCCUAUAGACAGAUGACCAAAGCGGUCAAGAGCACUUACGCCAAUGGAGAUCUAUGUCUUCAUAACGGGACUGGAAACAGUGAUGGAGUUACAAGUCCUCUAAGGGCAUCCGUAGAGGAAAGGCAAGCCAGAACCGCACCAGGGAAUGUGGUCAACGGAUCGUCCAAUGAGACGCCAGGUACUUCACCGUCUCCGAUGACUCCAGACUCCUUCCGCGAAAGCCUAUCAGCCUCGUGCUCCAAUCGGAGCAGCGUGGAUUCGUUAGUGGGACUCCGGAGUCCUCAGAAGUCUCCAAGCGUUCCACCAAACGGGCUUGAGGAAAGUGAGCCGAUCUAUGCUGAGAGCACCAAGAGGAAAAGACGACUCGAUGCUCAAUGCGACGGGAAGGCUCCGCAAUCCUCCGAGUCUGAAACCGAAGUCAACGUAAGCGACAAUCAAAGAGCGACUAUUACUGUCGUCGCCGCCCAUACUGAGAAAAACAACCGGACGUUUUACCUGAGCAGCCCGGAUUCGGCCGUAAGCACUCAAUGGACCCACUUCAGCCCAACCGCGCCCAAAGACCCAUCAAGCCCGGAGUUCACUUGGCCAAAUGCUCCUGAUGCCACUGAAACAACCCAACCCAAGCCUCGAUCCAGUCCCCCAGUUCCUCCUAAGAUCAGCACCCGUCCACCAAGACUUGGUACCUCCAGUCUCUCCUUACCGUUACCCGAGCUCAGCUUUCACGUGGUUCUUCCUCCAAAUCAGAUGACCUCGCAAGUGGACACCAAUGCUCAUGCCGUCCGAAACAAGUCUAACAGCGCCACGAGUCUGGAGGGAUGUAUUGACGAGGUAGAAGAGAAGGUUGAGUCCAAGAGAUUGGGCUCUUGUGGUGGGCUAGGCGACUCCAUCAAUGCUCCUGCUGUUCUGUCCAGAGAAUGGACGAGCGAGAGCAGUGCAGUGCCAGGCACCGCCAACAAAAGCACCAGUCAAAUGCCGGCAGAGGAUGGCAGAGCCAAAGAGAGCUUGCUCUUGAGCCCGUCUCCUCUCAUCCACUCCAGUGUACCCAACACCAGCCGGGAUCCCACGCCACCUCCGCCGCCUCCCAAAAAACACCACCGGGUGUGUAACCGUCUGAGUGGCAGUAAUAUGGAUCUGGAGCGCGUCGGUCAGCAGGGGUCAGUGGAGAAUCUCAGCCAAUCACUGCGAGGACUGAACUGCUGCACCAAUGCAUCCAGCGACAGCCUGCAGGCGCUCUCCGACACCGACUCCACCCUCCACUCCAGCCCCUCCCCUUUCCCCAGCAGCCCGCUUGGCUCCGCCCCUUCGUCUCCGCAGCCCGACGCCUUUCCCUGCACCAGCCUGGCCAAUCAGCUCCAGCCGCCUCCGUUACCACAGAAGAAGCUGGUGAACCGCACCACCUCGGCUCCGAGCGACUCUGGCGUCAAACCGCUCGCCUGUUCUCGCCCGCGUCUGGGGAACGUGACGUCUUGCUCGUCUCCGCAGCUCAACACGCUGCAUCUGCAUGCGCUGCUCAGGAACAUGGACAGCCGCGAGGGCAUCUACUCCAAACUGGGCGGCCUGUACGCCGAGUCUCUGCGGCGGCUCGCGCUCAAGUGUGAGGAGCAUUUCUCCAGCGGCCAGAGGGACACGCUGAGAUUCGACGAGAGCAACUGGUCACUCUUCAAACUCACCUGCAACAAACCCUGCUGUCUGUCCGGAGACGCUGUGUAUUACUCAGCCUCCUGCGCGUCAGACACUCGAAACACAUACGCCGUCAAGAUCUGUAAAGGCCAGGCUCCGGACAGUAAGCAGGUUCAUCUGUACGGUCUUUCGGUGCAGCAGAGCAUCCCGUCUCACUUCAAUCUGCAGCAGGACUGCGGUCACUUCAUCGCCUGCGUGCCGCGGAGCAUGCUACCCAGCGAGGAGAGCGGUCCGGCCGAGCAGGAGCGAGUGGUGGUCAUCACCCGGGACGUCCCGCACCAGAGCGUGGCAGAUUUCGUCCGCGAGUGGGAGUCGUUCCACUGCGCGCAGCCGGAGGUUUACGAGCGGCGCGUGUGUUUUCUGCUGCUGCAGCUGUGCGCGGGUCUGGAGCAUCUGAAAGUGCACGGCGUCACGCAUCGAGAUCUGUGCAUGGAGAACCUGCUGCUGCUGCAGCGUCCAGAUCCACAGCAGCACAGCCUCCCGCGCCUCCUCAUCAGCAGCUUCACCAAAGCCAAGCGCCGCGAUGCAGACCAGCUGAAACGGCUCAAUGCAGACGACCCAUUUCUAAAGCGGGAUCACGCCCGGCUCGCGCCUGGCUCCAGAUCAACACUGUUUGUCUGACUGUCAGAUCAGACGCAUUGAAACACUGUGUGUACUUCACUGGAAUCAAACACCAGCACAGACGGACGGAGCCGCGACCAGCACUUCAUUUCACCUUUACUAAUGUUUCUUUGGAUAGAGUUAUCAUUGCUUACAGAGAGAAACUCAGCAUGUCUGAAAUGUACAGAUCACUUUUCACCCCAAAUUUAAAAAGGGAUAUAUAUAUAU